CGCAGGGGGCGCUGCUCUGCUCUGCUCAGCCUCGUCAAGUGCCGUUAGCAUUAGCGUGCAUGCCGGAGGCUGCAUAUUGGGCAAGCUCUUGUUUUAUCUACUGUCAAUGGCCAUGUUUGUUCUUCUCCACGUUUCCAGGUGCAAAGGUCAUCUUGCUGGCUGGCUGGCUGGCUUGUGUGUGGAGCAGGAAGUCCGAAUGGGAAUCAUAAAUCUUGAACGGACUUCCUGUUGCCCGCCCCACGUCAGGUCAGGUGCCGAGGAGCUUAAACCGAGCCGAAGGAGGAUUGUGGGUGGCUGCUGCUCGCCUUUCACCGUCACUUUGGGCGCGUUUGUGCUUCACUCGUGUGUCGCUCGACCGAACGCCCAGCCGGCCGGCCGCCCGCCCGCCCGCAACGCUCCCUCCCAUGUGACUCUAAGGUGAGCCACCCGCUCCUGCUGCUGGCCGGCAGGCAGACAUCCUGGAGAAGGUUGUUCAUCACAAACGAGAUGAAUGGCAAUGAGACGCCAGCCUUCCCCAUCUUUGGCCCCUCCUACACCAACAGCCAUGACGCUACCCAAGCCAAAGCUACGGCAAAGUCCCGUGCCAAAGCUCUUGUCGAAAGCGAUCAAGUCUUCUUCCUGCACUCAUCGUCCGGACAGAAGCGGAAAGGGCGACGGAAAUGGCAUCGCACGAGCAGCGUCGACAGCCGCGCUGACACGUCCCAGUACCAGGUGGAGCACCUGAGCACCUUUGUGAUGGAGCGCAAAGACGGCUUGCUGACGGUGGAAGACGGCGUGCGACGGCUGCGGCUGCUGGAGGCCAAAGGGAAGAUCUGGACGCAGGACAUGCUGCUGCGUGUCCACCGCGACAACGUCAGCCUCGUCGACGCAGACACCGAGUGCGAGCUGGAAGUGUUUCCGCUGAGUUCGGUCCAGCAGUGCCGAGCGGUGAGCAACGCGUGCAGCUUUGACUCCAUCUUGGCGCUGGUGUGCAAGGACUUGGGUCAGAACAAAGCCGACCUUCACCUCUUCCAGUGCGAGCACAUCAAGGCCCACCUGAUCCACGCCGACAUCCAGAGCGCCUUGACGGAUGCCAAAGGAGGCAAAGCCAGGAAACGGCCGGAGGUCCUCAAGAUGAUCCUGCAGAGCGAGGGCCAAAUCCCGCCUCCUCCCGCCGCUCCCGCCCCAGAAGCGCCGACCGGUGCGGAUGACCCCGAGAGUGGAGCCGACGCCCCGCCGGACCGCCGUGGUGAACCGCAGAAGGCGCCGUUGGAGGACGCCGAGGUGGUGCUUGUGGACCGCGAUGUGCAAAUCCUGAACCGCCUCCUGGACGACAUCGAGGCCUUCAUCGGCCAACUGCAGAAAGCGGCCGAGGCCAGUGGUCAGCUGGCCCAGCGCAAGAAAAACAAAGACAAGAAGAGUCCCGGAGAGGGCGUCCUCACGCUGCGCUCCAGAGCGCCCGACCGCCGCCGCUUCCUCGACUGUCUGCAGAAGUUCAAGUUUGCCUUCAACCAGCUGGGCAAACUCAACGGCCGCAUCCAGAACCCCAGCGCAGACGAGCUUCUCCACUUCCUCUUCACCCCACUGAGAAUGGUGGUCCGGGCAUCGGGCGGCGCCGAAGUAGCCCGCGGCGUAACGGUCCCGCUCCUCACCCGCGCCGCCAUCGAGCUCCUGCACGCCGCCGGCACCGUCGAGGAGCGCCGCCUUUGGGUGGCGCUGGGAGACGGGUGGACCAAGUGCAGGUUGGAGUGGCCCAAGGAUCACGACUUCCCACCGUGCCCGCUGGUCUUCGACGACGGUUGGGAGCCGCCGCCACCGGCCGCCGCACGACCCACGGGAUGCCUGGCCGACGGCGAAAGCUACUCAAAGGAGGCAUCCCGCCGACAGAGUUUGGAAGAAGACGUCGCCCCUGAGCACGGCGGCGGACACCAAGCGAAGCAAAGCAGACGCUUUGCCAAAUCCAAGUACGACUUUGUGGCCAGGAACAACACCGAGCUGUCAGUGCUCAAGGACGAGCUGGUGGAGGUCCUAGAUGAUCGCAAGCAGUGGUGGAAGGUGCGCAAUGGCGACGGCUCGCUGGGCUACGUGCCAAACAACAUCCUGGAGGCCGCCGCUGCGCCCGCUGUGGAUAUGACGGGUCGCGUCGGCGAGCCCGUCUACAGCCACACCAUACAGCUGAUGAUGCCGCGGAAGGAGUUUGACGUGUUCAAGCAAUUACUGGGAGAGCUCAACGAGAAGCAGAGCGUCGCCAGGACGGAAAAGCUUCCCGCCCAAGUGGUGCCCAUGCCCCCACCGCCCGCUGGUCCGCCCACACUGCCGCACGCCGUAGACGCCGGCCCCGAGACGGCCGCCGUGGCCGAGUGGCGCGUCAGUCGCCCCGACGGCGCGCUGACCCGUGAGGCAAACGACGCCAACGACAACACCGCCGCGAGAGCCCUUCGCGAUCGCAGGAUGUCCACCAUGGAGGAAGUCCAGGACGAGCUACUCCACCGCCUGACGUUGGGCCGCAGCGCCUGCAAGCAAGUCGGCGUGCCGUCGCGUCCCGGGGCUGCUGCCGCCGCCGCCGCCAACCUUCCCGGCGUCAGCAUCACGUACGAGUCGUCACCCGACGACGUGCGUGGCUGGCUGGAGGCCAAAGGUUUCGCCCCGGUCACCGUGGAGAGUCUGGGCGUGCUGACGGGUGCGCAACUUUUCUCGCUCAACAAGGACGAGCUGAAAACGGUCUGCCCGGACGACGGCGCUCGCGUCUUCAGCCAGGUCGCCGUGCAGAAGGCCGCGCUGGAGGUAGGUGGGCCGCUUGAGCGGGACGGGACGGAGACUCCGAGGUUGGGCCUUGACGCUUCAAUCAAUCCGCGUGACUUGGCGUCUGACUUGGCGUCUGACUUGGCGUCUGACUUGGCGUCUGACUUGGCGUCUGACUUGGCGUCUGACUUGGCGUCUGACUUGGCGUCUGACUUGGCGUCUGACUUGGCGUCUGACUUGGCGUCUGACUUGGCGUCUGACUUGGCGUCUGACUUGGGUCCACCUCUGCCCCCCCCCUUUCACCGCUUGCGUUGGCAUGCGCUGUGUGGCGAGCGUGCUGUGUGCUCUUUUCAGGUGUUCUUCUGAGCCUCUUGGCAUCAUCUUCAUGGCUUCAUUCAGGUAUUGCUGCUGCCGCCCCGGAAGCCCGCUUCCUGGUGUCCUGUAACGCUCACCUCACACCCUCUGCCGGCGUGUGGCUCAGCACACAAGUUCUCACAGUAGCUCUCGCUCCACUAGCCGCUCCGUCGCUGACAUAUUUCCUCAUCAUUGUUCCUCACGGCUGUUCCUCAUUGUCCUUCCUCAUAGCCGCUCCUGUUCGGCGUUGCUCAUUGCUGAGUUCUCCCUCCCCUUGGUCUUCAUGUUGUUCCUGCUCGCCUGGCUCCCCUUAAGCUCUGUCAACCUUGCCACGUCUUGACGUUUGUUCCUCUUGUUGUUCCCCACCCGGCCGUCUUCAGCGCGAGUCUGGCUCCGAGCUGCGGGAGGUCAUGAGGAGGCGUCAGCAGAUCCUGGCGGGAGCGGGCCCCACCCAUUGAAGAUCUUGCCACUUCCUCCCUCCCGUUUCAGCCCGACGGCGCCUUGCCACUGGAACGUUCGCCGACACUCGUGUUGACGAAGCCACGUCGCAGCAAGCGGUGUUAGCUUAGCCGCCCGCCAUUGGUCCCUGCAUCAGCUCGGAGCUGUUUUCUUGUCGCGCCGCUUCUUGUGCUGCAAUAGCAAAAAGUGUCACUUAGUGAGCGACUGCAAGCAUUUCUUUGUUACCGGCCCCUCUUUUAGAAUAAAUGGAAGAAGCACAUGGUCUUUGGCGCCCUCUUAUUUCAAAAGUCGCCCAUUGAGCCCAACCAUCCUGGCGCACGUGUCCGGGUAUCAUCUCACGCAUGCACGCACGCACACGCUGCAGCGGGUCAGAGGCAACUCAUUUAUAAUAAAGAAGCUGUUGAAGUGCUUAAGGAAGGAAGGAAGGAGCCUGCCAACCAACUAGCACGCACCAGACAACAGAAGGGCACAAACACAAAUGGAGGCCGGCCACAAGAGCCGUCCCCGCGAGGGGCCAACUCGACAAGACAACCUCCUGCGCCGACUGGAGAAGGCACGCAUGGGGCACAACCUGGGCUUCCUGCGCCUCAGCCAGCGGCUCGCCAAGCCGUGGGUCAGCAGCUACUUCCGGAAGUUCCCCAUGCACGUCUACUGUCUUCCUGUCCAGCCAGCCCGUCGUGGUGCUCGGAAAGCGGUGGAAGGGGGGCAUCCUCGUGAUUGACGCAUCCAACUCGUUUCAAAGAUCCAAACGUUGUUUCUUGUUGUGUGCCUGUGCGGUUGCGUUGUGAUAGCACGCAAAAAUAAAGAGAACCUCCUCACCACG